AUGUUGGCGUCGGGCUUAUUGCCUGCGGCGCGUACAGACGACGGGCCUCGAGCCACCAGCGCACGGCUUGAGCCGCAUAUAUCUACUAAGCCUACUGCACACUAUCAUAGUGAGCCAAGCCCUGCCUUGGUCGCUGCCACAUCCGUUUACGAAACAAGUUUGCUCGCGGCGUUGCCGAUCGGACACAACGCGCGGGCGGAUUGUGGGCUCGCGGGACGCGGGGCGGAGGGUUCAGGCGAGCAAGAAUGUGAACGGCGCGGCAACCUCGCCGUCCGUGGCAGACAGGGUGUCGCCGGCUCACCGCCGCGCCGCGACCGUAGACAAGCCGUCGCUCAGCGGCGCUUGCCCCCUUGCACCCGGCCGCACCUCUCCACCCCCGCGUUGCCGCAACUCACAUCAACAAGUUAUUUCAACUCGACCGACGCAUUUUCAAAAGAGUGUAAGUACUAUUCAAGUUAG